AUGGAAAGACAAGAUUCAAAGUUUACUGCCAGUGAUGGAUUGUUAGAUGACGACAUUACAGAAUGGAUGACAAACGAAGUUAUUGAAACAACUGUCAACAAUGUUAUGGAAAUCGUGACAACAGGCGAAGUAAUGGAAGAAGAUGGCCAAAUCGCAUUCCACAUUCGGAAGGGUUCAAGACGAUUGAAGCAGCCUCUCAGUCAAAAGAAGGAAGCAAUGUCAGCUGAUGACUUCUGUUUGUUGAGCGAUUACUUCCUUGUGUGCCGUCGCGGCGAUCCAGACUUCGCGGGCUGCGUAAAGCGCUCCAUCGAAGAUGCCAGACCACGACUCGUUAAAGGCAUGCCGGAAGUGCGACUCCCGUCAAUCGACCCCUUGCGCAUCGAGCAGCUCGAGAUGCAGGAAGGCCAAGGCAACUUCCGGUUCCUCAUGCGCCUCAAGAACGUGUCCAUCACGGGGCUCAAGGACUUCGUCAUGCGUUCCAUUAAGGCCGACUUGCUGCGGGGCUGGUAUGGCGUCACUACAAUCGGCGAACUUCAACUCAAGAAUGUUACACGAAAAGGGAAACCAUAUGUUAGCGUAGACUCCUUCAAGUGGAAAAUAGAUGUGGAAAACGCCAAAUCCCAUUUUACAAAUCUUUUCAACGGUGACAAAACACUGGAGACUACAAACAAGUUUCUGAAUGAGAACUGGAGGGACGCCUUCGACACUUAUAAGCAUCUUGCAGAAGAAGCAUUUUCUCAGUUCUUUACAGAGCUUCAGAACCGCUUCUACGAACAGUUUUCCAUUGACGAGCUGUACCCCGAGUAGAAGAGUACCUCCACGUUGAAUGAACCUUGAAAUGUCUAUGAACAGUAUUCUUGGAUGCGUCCUAUAUAAUCAAAUUUAUAGUGUGAAACAAGUGUUUACAGGAUUCCAAUAUAGAAUCUGAAUUAUACAAUUCAGACGCGUGGAUAAAUGUGUGGAUGAAAUGCAAAUUACAGAUCAAUACUUCCUAGAACUUACUUUUAUAAUAAAGACUGUAAAUUGUUUAUUAUCCCGUUAUUGUUUUAUUGAAGAGUUAUAUGUACCAAAGGUAGUUAACGCAAAUAUUUCAUUUCAGGUGCACCGCACCGAAUAUGCUUUGAAUUCGUCUCCAUGUAAACAGAGCUUCCUCUUACUGCGCAAUUCCUUUUUACAAUUGACGUAAUGUGUUAAAAAUGUAUUCUUUAUGUCUUGGUGAUGUACGAAUCAGUUUUUUCUCGUAUUUGUUGUACGAGUAUCGUCAGAAUACAGUAUUUUUUCAUGUUUCAUUGGUCAUUGUAUUCCUCCAUAUUGAAUACUACUCCAAUGAUUAUUCACGGUUGGCAAUACAGGACGUUACAGUGUUUUCUAUCAGAAACGUCUGGAAUACUGUUGCCUUUAAUUAAGGAAAAGGUAUAUACCAGCAAUCGGUUAAAGUGAGCCUUACCUAAAUGGACAUUUUGUAAACAGAAUGUUUUAUAUGGUAUUACAAUGGAAAUUAAAACUUUCAAUAGAUGGUAUUCACAGAUGAGAAUUGUAUUCAUGAAGAGGGGAAUUGAAACUAAAAGCAAUUGAAAUUACAUUUGUAUUAGCGUAAUUUAAUUUGCAUUUAAUACUACUUAAUUGAUUGCAUAAUUUAAUGAUGUAAGGAUAUUAUAACAUUCAUGUUUCAUAAUAAUUUUAAUUCUGUUAACAAAUUAUAUUUUUGUUCAAUUCGGUCUACUUUUUUAACUUCUGUUAAAAAGCAAAAGUUGUC